AGGCAAGCAGAUGAAGGUUUCAGACGUGAUAACCACAAAAAAUGUGGUAACUGUGGCUACAGCAGCUGGCGCUGUCUACCUAGUGGCUAAAACAGUCAUGGCAGGGAUCAAGAGCCCACCCUACAACCCAGAGCCACUUCCCUUAGCCAGACUUGCUGUAGAGCACCAGACUCCAAAUAUGCCUGUGAGGGACUCUGGAGAGCUCAGGGGACUCCUGCUUUCCCUCAAUCCAAGACUAGAUGUGUUUGCCAAGAAAAUGAUUCUCCAUGGCAUCACACGGUGUGUUUACCUACUGGACACAGAGGCAAUAGCCUGUACUUACGAAGACAUCACACUUGUGGCCUCUUUCCUGGAUGAUCAAGACAUGGGUAUCAAGAGUCAGGCACUAAAUGCCCUCAAGGCCUUUUCUGGCAUCAGGAAGUUCAAAAUCAGUAUUCAGGAAUUAGUCCCCCAAAUUCUUGAAAUAAUUACCAACCUCUGGGAUAAUGAUGUGCACAUUGCUGGGUUGAGGCUGCUGAAUGGGCUGCAGUUGCCAGCUGAAACUCAUCCGCUACUGAAAAAGCUUAUGCCUUCCUUGAUGGAAAUUCUACAGUUGGGGAGCCCUGUGGCCCAGGUGCAGGUUCUAAGGUUUCUUAGCAUGCUAGCCCAGAAGGAAGAUCUAUUAUAUGACAUCAUGAACUGCCAGGUGUGUGCUGAAUUUAUGAACUUCUUCCAACCUUCCCAGCCUGGAAACCUCCUUGUCGCGAUGCUGGUGUUAGUGGAACGGCUAAGUGAGGGACAUCUGACUCCUCACUACCAGUCAGUGAACUGGCAAUACAAUGAACUGUCCCUUCAUGAGGUUCUCUUUGGAGAAGACUCCCGUCUAUCUGACCGCCUUCUCUCCCUUAUCAUUCACCCCGAGGAAAAAGUGCAGAUCCAGAGCUUGAAGGUCAUCUACAAACUCCAGCUAAGUGAGGGCAUGGAGAUAACAGCUGUCAGUGAAACUGAUUCUAGCCUCAGUAGUUUUGUCUUUGGCUCUAUUGGCAACACCACUGUUGCUGAAUCCAGAUUGUCUGAGUGUUGAAUCUUUGCAGAAUUCAAGAGAUAAUUAAAUUAUU